AUGUCCCCAUCCUCACCUGCAGGAUCAUCCUCCUCGUCCCUCUCUGAGGGGUAUACAAACGUCUUACUGGCUUUACCGGACGGAACAAUACCACUAGAUCACUCGGAUCUACGAUCACAUACGAUAUCCUUGAUAGGUGGUUACCCUACUUUCCCACCUUUGCCCAAUACCGCACAGAUACCGAAAGGCAUCACCUGUAAAGUCUGUAAGAAGCCUAUACCCCUUCUUGCCCAGGUGUAUUGCCCUCUGGAAAAUGGCGAGAACGAUAGGACAGUGUAUGUUUUUGCUUGUUCGAGAGCCGGUUGCCAGAAGAAGGAUGGAAGCAUAAGAGCCUUCAGAGCUUCGAUACGGAAUGAGGAGUAUGUCAGAGAUGUAGAAGAAAAGAGGAAAGCCGCCGAAGCCGAAGCUGAGAAAGAGAGAGAGAAGGCGAGGAAGAACCCUUUUACGCUCGCUACCGACGAUCAGCCGAAUGGUUCUGCUCUCUUUGGUUCAGCUCAACCACUUUUCGGUGCUGCUCCAUCCAAUCCUUUCGCACCGACAUCCACACCCGCUGCCCCAGCUCCAGCUCCAGCUUCAAUAGACUCAACCGCCGCAGACCUCUCUAAAUUAUCCAUAUCCCCUUCUUCUUCCUCAUCCACUACGUUAUCGCCUCCUAUACCAGCUUAUCAGCCUGCACAGUACCUGACCACCAUCGACGAGUACCUUCCACCCCCCGACGAUGUGGAGUACGAAUCUUCAGAUGAUGACGAUGAGAACGUAGACGAAGAGCUGAAAGGCGUCAUGAUGGACGAUAAUCUAGAAAGACUAUUCUCGCAAAAAGUCGACGAAGUCUUCCAAGGCUUUGUGAAAAGGCUGGAAGGAAGCGAUGGAGGACUAAAACAGGUUCUGAGAUACGAUUUUGGUGGUAUCCCUUUACCUUAUUCCUCUCAAUCACCAAUUACUCGAAAACUCUUUCCAGGUUGCGAAAAGCCUCUUGGCAAGAAUCAAGAAUUAGAUGUAAACUCAUUGUAUACCAUUGACGAGAAGGUGAUUGGGCGAUGUGAAGGAUGUGGAGGCAAGAGGACAUUCGAAUUGCAAUUGACUCCAUACUUGAUAUCGUUAUUGAAACCCGAUACGAUAUCUAUCACUGGUCAACCAUCGGGACAUCAGAAGAAUGACAGAGGGAAGUUGACAGAAGAAGAGAGGAAGAAAGAACUGCAAGAAUUAGCUCAAAAGAUAAAAGCUGGCAAUGCCGGUGCCAAUGAUGAAGUGGAGAUGGAAUGGGGAAAUAUCAUGGUCUUUGGAUGUGAGAAUGAUUGUAUAGGUCUGAAUGAGGAGGUUGUAGGUGUAGAGUGGGAGAUGGGUUUGUAA